AGAAAAAAACCCUAAUCUCCAUCAGAAAGAUAAGAUGCAGAUCUUCGUGAAAACCCUAACGGGGAAGACCAUAACCCUUGAGGUUGAAUCCAGCGAUACCAUCGACAAUGUCAAAGCCAAGAUUCAGGACAAGGAAGGUAUUCCACCGGACCAGCAGCGACUGAUCUUUGCUGGUAAACAGCUUGAAGAUGGGCGUACACUGGCGGAUUAUAAUAUCCAAAAAGAAUCAACUCUGCAUCUUGUCCUGAGGCUCCGAGGUGGGAUCAUUGAACCGUCUCUUAUGGCCUUGGCCAGGAAAUACAACCAAGAGAAGAUGAUUUGCCGCAAGUGCUAUGCCCGUUUGCAUCCACGUGCUGUGAACUGCAGGAAGAAGAAAUGUGGUCACAGCAACCAGUUGAGGCCAAAGAAGAAGAUCAAGUAGACAGUCGGUUGCAUUUCCUGCGGAGAUGUUAUGCCAAUCACAUGAUUUUGUAGUUCUUUUGCUUAGUUCACUUUUUGGUGGAUCUAUUGUUGUCUGUUUAACUGCGGCACAUUUGUUUAGACCCCAGUUCCAUUUACAAAAAGAAUUUAGUGCUCUUUUGAGUUUGUUAUGAUUAUGGGCUGUGUUUGUUUUCUUUA